AUGGAGUCGGAGGAGAGCAAGAUCUCAGUGUGGGUCUGCCGAGAGGAAAAGCUGGUCUUCGGCGUGUCGAAGCGCACAACCUGCGCUGAUGUUGUCAAAGUGCUUGUGGAGGAGCAGAAGUCGCAGCGCGGCCUCUCCGCAUGCUGGCAGGCUUACUGCGUGGUGGAGAAAUGGAAAGGGUUCCAGAGGAUUUUACCGAACAGUACCAAGAUUUUACGGCUGUGGGUGGCGUGGGGAGAGGAGCAGAGGAACGUGCAGUUCGUGUUGGUGAAACACGAGGCGUCUUUGGCGAGCCACGGAGCCCGGAGCGCAGAGGCGCGUGUGGUGCUCAGCAAACACAGCCCCUGUGUCACCAAGGGGAGCGCGCGGGCUCCCGUGGGUGGCAUCUCACCUGAGAAACAGCGUCGAAUUGUGAGGAAAGCGUUCAGAAAGUUGGAGAAGAUCAAUAAUAAAAAGAGGGCGCAAGCGGCGCACAGAGACGCCUCCUCUGCGCAAAAGAUGGAAACUUUGGUUCAUCUUGUGAUUUCUCAAGAUCACACGAUCCGCCUGCAGAUUCAGAGGAUCGCAGAGCUGGACGCAGAGAUCGACAGGCGCGAGGCAAAGGUGCAUUUUGACAGAAUUCAAAGACUCGGCGUUAAUUAUGUGCAGGACACGUAUUUAAUGGACGCUGCUGCAGCCUCCAGUCGAGAGGGAGAGGAGGAGGAGGCUCUGGCCAAGUUUGAAGAGUACGCCCGCCAGUGUGAGGAGGUGGUUAGACUGCAGGAGGAGCUGCGGGAGCAGGAGGCUCGUAUAGACAAAGUCGCCGUGCAGGUGCAGGAGGAGCUGAACCACCGCUGGAUGCAGCGGAGGAACCAGGAGCUGCGGAGCAGAGACGCACAGGGCGCACCGCCCCUCCCCAUCGACGAGGCAGACGCAACGUCGGAAAACGAGCUGCUUUUGGAAAGAGAGAGGAUCAGGACACAGCUAGAUACAAGUUUGUACAUCGGUCUGCGCCUCAACACGGAUUUAGAAACUAUUAGGAGCGAUUUAGAGCUGACCCAGGAGAUUUGCGGGGCGAGGGAGAAGGAGAUGAGGGAUUUGCUGGAGAAAGUGAACACUUUGGAAAUAACGGAAGGGACGGCCAGGGAGGAGAGAUGCAGCCAGCCCGGGGAGGAUGAUAAGAAGGGGCUGAUGAGCACUUUGGAGAGGAAGAGCGAGUGGGUGGAGCAGGCCAGGGGUCUGUCAAAAGCUCACAGUGUGAACGACGACGACUCAGACACCGGCUUAAGUUCUCUUCACAGCCAGGACUCAGACAGCCAGCCGGUGUGGGAGUCACUGGUUUAGAUGGAUUUUGACCAGGAGGAGACUGGCUUACCUGAAAUCUUUUUCUAAACUAGACAAACGUCUACAGUCUCAGGGAUCAAAAUCACCCUGUAGCAAAUAAAAAGUCACAAACCUUUUCACAUGGGUGACAGUGACGUGAACUAAUCUUUGUAUGGCAUCAUAAUAAUCUCCAUAUGUUCCAUAUCUUACCCUGAUUUCAGAGCACCUGCAGGUGGUUUAAGUGGAGGUAAUAAUUGCU